CAUCACCCUCCCCUCCUUGCAUGUCGUGGCUAUGACACUGAUAAAGUCACCUUCAAAGUCGAGAAUCGCUCCCCUUCUCUCUUGAUCAACGGUAGGAUCCGCGGUGGGAAAAGACAUACCCUCUUCAGUCUUCCCAUAUCCGAUAUUGACAUAUCGUGAACACAAUCUUGACGGCAGUUUCGCCAGCGAUGUCCAUCCCAACUAUUGAUCUCCGCAUGGCCGACGACGGCGACCCGACGACACGGGCUCAGCUCCUCCACGACCUCCGCCACGCGCUGUUCGAAGUCGGCUUCCUGUACCUCUCCAACCACGGCAUCCGGGAGUCCACUGUCCAGGACCUGGUGGAGGCGCUGCCCCGUCUCUUCGCCCUCCCGGACCACGUCAAGGAGUCCGUCGCCCUCGUCAACUCGCCGCAUUUCCUGGGCUACAGCAAAUUCGGGUCCGAGAUCACGGCGCGCGUCCGGGACCAGCGCGAGCAGUUCGAGUUCGCCAACGAGUUGCCCGACAGGUAUGGUCUGGCUGUUUCCCAGCUGGGGGCGAGUGUGUCAUCAUCAUCAUCACCACCACCCCCGGCCUUGCCGCUGUAUACUCGACUCCAGGGCCCGAAUCAGUGGUUCGGUCAAUCGGAGGAGGCCGCGGUGCCCCGGUUCCGCGAGAUCGUCGAGGCGUACGUGGCGGCGCUGCAGGAUCUCGCGAUGCGGUUCCUCGAGCUGGUCACCGAGGCUCUCGACCUGCCUGCGCACAGCCUCGAGCGGUUCACGGGGCCGCAAGACCGGAUCAAACUCGUGCACUACCGACCAAGUCCUACUACGCCGUCGUCCUCUUCCCCGGCAGACCCUCCCUCUUCUACACAGGGCGUGGGCCCCCACAAGGACAGUUCCGGAUGGAUGACGUUCCUGCUGCAGGCGUCGGACCCGUCGAUCCCGGGCCUGCAGGUGCUGUCCAAGGACGGGCUGUGGCUGGACGCACCGCCCGUGCCCGGCACGCUGGUGGUGAACAUGGGCCAGGCCUUCGAGGCGGCCACCAACGGCAUCUGCAAGGCCACCACGCACCGCGUGCUGCUCCCGCCGGGCGACUACGACCGCUACAGCGUGCCCUUCUUCCAGGGCGUGCGGCCCGACCUGACCAAGCCGGACCUCCGGUCUCUCUGGGACCACUUCGCCGCCGCCGAGAGGUGGACGACCGGUCGAGAGUCAGCGGAGGGCCGGGGCAUCGACAGCCCCUUCCUCAGAGGCCGGUAUGAUACCUGGGGCGAGGCGCAGCUCAGGACCAAGAUACGGAGUCACAGGGAUGUAGGCGCGAGGUGGUACACGGAUGUGUUUGACAAGUACGUCAAUGAUGAUUGAACGUUAAGUUUAGUCAUUGGGACCGAAAGUGACCUGAAACUCGAAGUGAUGGCAUUUAUUGCGGUGGAGCUGCGUGAGUGGCGAGCUAUCUUGUUUGUCUGAUUCUUUAGCGUCCUCUUCCAAACCUGGUUGGAUCAAUCAAGGGAGAUGAGGACGAAAUCUAUCAUGACAAGGUGGGAGGACGAGUGAGCCUGAUCUUCCACUUCUCCACUUCUCGCCCUUCCAUCCUCUUUCCCGUUCAUCCCUCUAGUCUAGCUAGAAGACACCCAGCUGGCCCCGUAACCACGUCUCUGGGUUUUGGUCCAUCUGCUCACGCGACCAGCGUCCUGAGCUCCUCUUUCAGGUCCUCCAGGGUCUUCUGAUAGCCGGACCCGGGUUCGAUCAAGCGUUCGAAGUCGGCGUUGUAGCGGUUGUGCUCUUCGAAGAUGCCGUAGGUUCCUAGCAUAUUGUACGCUUUACCGGCGGCGUAAGUUACAAGUGCCCUAAAUGUUUUGCGAGAAGCCAGAGGAGAGAGAAAAUGGGGGGGUUGAAUCAAGGAGAAAAGCAAGGGAAAAGAAAAGUUCAGCUAGGAAUGAAGGUGUUCGAAACGUUGGACGAUCCAUUUUCGUCGCCGCUUGCUCGGGCAGGUUGCGUGGAGGGUCACACUCACCAGGAGUCAACAGGCGCACUUCGACCCCUUCCUUCGAAUCCUCAUCCCACAUCCUCUUCGCGGUGGCCAGGAACUCGUCCAGGUCGACCCUUUGGAUCUCCCAGCCCGGCUUGACCUCCUCGAGGAUCGGGAUCAGCUGGUUCAUGCUCACGGUGUGGUCGGCGACGUAGACGGGCCGGUUGGCGUACUUGUCGGGCUGGCGGAACACGUCGCAGACGGCCUGUGCGGCGGUGGAGACGCGGCACAUACUGUUGCGCUGGUCGCCGCUGCCGUAGACCACGAGGGUGUUUGUGCGCGGGUUGAUCCAGUAGUAACCCAGCGGGAUGGCUGUGGAAAGCCAGACGAGGCGGGAAAAAC